AUGGCCAAAGACAAAAAACGUGUCAUGAACAAAGCCUCCCAGCGCAUCACGCCGUUCUUUGAAGAGUUCUCACCCAAACACGUGGUCAGUGUGGCGGUGAUGGAUGUGCCACAGUGUGUGAUCAAGGUGUGUGAAGGCGAUAUCGUAAAUCUAUUUUUAGAACACGCUCUGCUACGAGGAGAGCGUGCAAGAAGUGAGAGUUCGCUCAA